AUGUUGGCCGACGAAGUGAUGAACUUGAGCAUCCGCCUCCCUUCACGCCCAUCCACAUCACCCCCUCCCCCUUCUCUUCACUUUCCCUUCCCACAUCACCCUGCAUCACCCGAACCCCACCCCACACUCCUAGUGCCUCCUGUCCUACAACCCCUUUCUCAGCCAUGCUGUGCGGGCGUGGUGGACGAGGAGCCGCACCUGGCGCGGCGCUGUGCGCACACAUGGUCCGCUUUUUGGGGCACCCCGCCCCGGCUCGACUUGAGCCAAACCGGACCCUGCCCGGCCGUUGCUCAACCCUACCUGCCACACCGCGGGCUGCCGUCCCUCUCUGUGACGGCGUUCCUGUGCGCCCUGGCCCCUGCUCCUCCCACCUUCACGCCCAUCCACACGCUCAAGGGCAACUGCGAGCUCUGCUCCACCGUCUCGACCCUCGCACGACCACCUGUUGGCUGCUCCUGCAUCAGGCUGCUCCUGCGAUACGGUAAGCACGCCACCUGGCUGCAGCUCCUCGAGGUGGAGGGGGCGGAGGAUGAGGCAGGAGGGGAAGGGGUACGACGUGGUGCUGGAGAAGGGCGAGCCUAUAGCGCGCAACCAGAUGUAGGUGCUGGGCAGAUCAUCGACUAUAGCGACCAGAUCUCGGGCCUGCCGCACCCGCCCACGCACUGGAGCUGGCCGCUCAUGCGGCGCAACGAGCACGUGAGUGCGGGCGUGGACAGCCAGCUGCGGUACCACACGAGUGAGUGGGCUGCUGGACGUCGCAUGUGCCUCGCUCAUCGCCACAUUCUGCUGGGGGCACAACUCGGCGAAUGUGGUGACAGUGAGUGGGCUGGUUGGGCUGGGGGAUAUCAUGGUUUCAGUGGGGCUGCUGGUGCUGCGGUGCGGCCAGAUGAGAAGGCGCGUGCAAUGAGCAGGUGGGAGAUGUUUGAGGCGUUUCUGCCAGUGGAAGCGGUGAAGCUCACUAUUGCGCUCACAGCAAUCACGGGCAACAGCAAGGUGCAGGAUCUGAUGUAUGCAGUGCUCGUGGAGGCCAGGGAGCUGUUCCUAACAGUGCAAGGUAGGAUGGGUGGAGGCAGCAGAAGAAAGAAAAGCAGAGAGGAAAGAAUGGAGGAGGCAGCAGGCGCUGCGGAAGGCGGCGAGAUGGGUGGCGGGGACACCGCCAAGCAGCGCAAACGGGGAGGAGGGAGUGAAGAAAAAGGGGGGGGGGGAGGGGCUGAUGAUGGGCUGGCGGAGACCACGGAGGACGUGCUUGGCGCUACCAACCAGCGAUGGGCGGAGUGCCCCACUCCCCCUUCCCUUAUCCCCUCGGGGCUGCUCAGAUCAGAGGAUUCCUUGCCAGGCGGCAACCAGCUUUCACACAAACACUCCCUCCCGCUCCCCUCGUCCAAGCGUCCUUCUCAUCAACACAUUGCUCCUCUCUUUCUCCUCUCCCCACCCCCCAGCUCCGCACCUGCUUUUCUUCCCCCACGUCGACUUGUCCCCCCACCGCUACGGAUGAGUGUGGUCACUGCUUUCCGGUUUGCAAUGCCAUCAGCAGCUCUUUUCCACUUCCUCCUCCUCAAUCAGCAGAACGUUCCUACAUCCUUUGCCUUCUUCCCCACUUGCCACCACUCUCUUCCCCUUCCCACACCAACAAGAGCCUUUCCCUGGACUACUCAUUUCUGUGGCACAAAGCCAGGCAGCAUGGCAGAGCCACGAGCAGCAGCAACGGCACUCAUGGCGGUGAAGUCAGCCAGUGGUGAGUGGGGUUCGGGGGACAGGAGGGAGGCAUGGACGAGAGGAGUGAGGCAGCAGCCACAGAGUGACUCUUUUGAGGCGCCUCAAAAGUCAGCCAGUGGUGAGUGGGGUUCGGGGGACAGGAGGGAGGCAUGGACGAGAGGAGAGAGGCAGCAGCCACAGAGUGACUCUUUUGAGGCGCCUCAAAAGUCAGCCAGUGGUGAGUGGGGUUCGGGGGACAGGAGGGAGGCAUGGACGAGAGGAGAGAGGCAGCAGCCACAGAGUGACUCUUUUGAGGCGCCUCAAAAGUCAGCCAGUGGUGAGUGGGGUUUGGGGGACAGGAGGGAGGCAUGGACGAGAGGAGUGAGGCAGCAGCCACAGAGUGACUCUUUUGAGGCGCCUCAAAAUUCAGCCAGUGGUGAGUGGGGUUCGGGGGACAGGAGGGAGGCAUGGACGAGAGGAGAGAGGCAGCAGCCACAGUGUGACUCUGACAGCCCGCUAUCAUGCAGGGCUUUUAUACUGCGGGCCCUCAAUGAGCGCAUCAUCCACCACAGUCUUGCCCGGGCCUAG